GUUCAUUCACAAUUAAGUUACUCUGAUGGCUUUGAUCUCAAGCUUGUGCAUCUUUGUUUUGGUAGCACAUUUUGCCACCACAAUUGUGUGCCAUGAAAGACCUCAUCAAGCUUCCCUUUUCGUGUUCGGGGAUUCAGUUUUUGAUCCUGGAAAUAAUAAUUACAUCAACACCACUGUUAUAGAUCUUAAAACACAGUUGAAGUAUUUCCAAAACGUGGCGCAACUGUUGAAGAAGAAAGUGGGUGAAACAGAGUCCAAACAGAUUCUCUCCAAUGCUGUAUAUAUUUUUAGCACUGGCACUAAUGAUUUCUUUGCCCCUUUAUUAGCAAAUUCGACUUUUCCAUAUUCCGAUACAGAAUAUAUACAGAUGAUUAUGGGCAACUUGACUUCUGGAAUUUAUAAGGAAGGAGGGAGAAAGUUUGUGAUGCUUAAUUUGGGUCCAUUAGGUUGUCUCCCUUUAAUGAGACCUCUCAACCUUCAAAUUGGAGUUACAAAUGGGAGUUGCAUGGAGAAGGCCACAAAUUUGGCCAAAAUGUUCAAUUCAGCUCUCCCAGAAAUGCUCAAAAAACUAGAGAAGCAAUUGCCUGGAUUUAAGUAUACAGUAUUCAACUUCUUCAAAGUAUUGGCAGAUAGCAUUGAUAAUCCAACAAAAUAUGGUUUGAAAAUAUCAGAGACGGCUUGUUGUGGAACGGGUCCAUUUCGAGGGAUUCCUAGCUGUGGAGGGAAGAGACAGGCAAAAGAGUACGAGUUAUGUGAAAAUGUGAAAGAUUACUUGUUUUUCGACUCUGUUCAUCCCAGUGAGCAGGCCUACCAAAAAUACACGGAAUUAUUAUGGAAUGGAACUCCAGACGUUGUAGCACCUUACAACCUAAAAUCCUUUUUUGAACUUUCAACAUAACCUGAUGGUGG